AUGGAGAAGCUGAACACUGAAGAUGGACAGCUUUUCAUCAAAAAUCUUGCCAGUUUUGUACGCACGCACGAGAAAGCCCUUGCCAAUGCUCUGCAACUGCGCCGUCAACCCUCCAAAAAUGGAUCCUCCUCCCAUACCCAGUCCGGCUCGUCUUCGAGCUCGACUACCGCCACUCUCGCCGCCGCUCUAUCGUUCGGGGCAAUAAAGUUCACCUCGCAAAAUAUCAAACCCGCGAAACUGACCCUCACCCCUCACCACCUCUUCUACCUUCUCUCCCGCUUCGAAGACUUGUCCAUUUCCGUGGGUCCGAUGAGUGUCCGUUUGGAGAACAUCCAAACCGAUGUAUCUCAAUCCUAUGUCUCCUUUCUGAAUAAGCCCCAGCGAUCGCGGGGUGACCGAGACUCCAUUCAUUCCGUCUCCAGUGUCCGUAGCGUCAUGUCUGGUAUGAGUGGGCUCUGGUCAUCAUUCGGUCUAGGAACAAAGGACUCCGUAUCCAAGUCGGAAAAGGCCAAGGCAGCUUUAGAAGCAGACCUUAAAUACCUAUACUCCGCCUUCACCAAAAUCCCCUGUCUCCGUCUAGCCCCGGAUCGCCGCGCGCGCCUGAUCCGCGGAUAUGAGGAGUUCCCCUUCGACACCGCUGUUCCUCUCCACUCCUUCAAAAACCUGGGUGCUUUGGAGAUAAUCGACAUAGAUUUCCGCUCGUUUUUCGGCUGGGACCGACUCUCCGAGCAACUGAGAACAUUGACUGUGAAAAGGGCCAACCUCGAGGAUCCCGGCGACUUGCUUACCGGGAUCGUGCUUGACGAUAUUGAUAAGCGUCGCAGACGGUCUUCCAAGCACCAGCCGUCACCGGUGUUGGGAUGGAAUGGAAAUACGCACCCUCAGCCGGUCCAUAAAACUGAGAUGUCCGGAUCGCUCUCUGCGCCGGGGUCUCCCGUGGCCGAUGCGCCGUUUGGUUCGAGCGCCAGCCCCAAAGCCGCUCCGAUGAUCCGAGGUGCGUCCGAGGGUGCCAAAGGCCGGCCACGGACGGGAAGUAUUUCUCCAUCGCGUCCGACCAGCUCGAAGCACUCGUAUCGUCACAGCCGAGGGAAUCCUUCACACAUACGCCGCACGGGAUCCGGCAGUUCGAACUCCAGUGAAGCCUCCGGACACCGCAGCGGAAGUUCGUCGAAUCUCCUGGCUGGGAUCCUCCCCCCGAUGAAAUGGCGAUUCCUGCGACAUCUCGGUCUCCCGGACAACUCGUUGACGACCCUGACGGCCGCCAGUCUGGCCCCGGUGGCCAACACGCUCCAGUCCCUCGACCUGUCCGCCAAUCUGUUCACCGAAGUUCCGGAUAGCUUGGCCUCGUUGGUCGCCUUGAGAGCGUUGAAUCUCGCCAAUUGCAUGAUUGAGUCUCUGCAUUCCCUGUCUCGCAACCCGCUCCCCGCCAUCACCGCGCUGAACCUCCGAGGCAACCGUCUUCGCUCGUUGGCCGGCAUCGAACGACUGCUUUCGCUUGAACGGUUGGAUCUCCGUGAUAACAAGCUGUCUGAUCCAACGGAGAUCGCCCGACUGACCUGUCUUCCUGAGAUACGGGAGAUCUGGGUGUCGGGCAACCCGUUUGUGAAGACCCAUUCCGGGUACCGUGUGGUGAUAUUCAACUUGUUCCGUCGCACGCCGGGGUACGCCGAAGACAUCAUCAUCGAUGGUUCGGGACCAGGGUAUACGGAGAGGAAGCAAUUAAUCGAGCGGGUGGCGGAACCCGAAGCCGCACCGGUCAUCCGAUCCGCCGCCGCGGAUCAUUCAGCCGUUGUCAGCAAGCCCACGAUCUCGGUUAUCCCAGGGAGUCAUCCGCCCAAAGCUGGGGAAGAGCAAGAGCGGCCCACGCGGCGAGGGACACCGGAUGUCAAGGAAGUGGGGUCCAGUCGUCGCAAGAAGGGUCAUCGGCGGAGGAUAGUGGACCUGUCUGUCGAAAAGCCUUCCACUGAUGGUAAUGAACACCCAGGUGCAGUGGUGCCUUCUGCCCUUUCCGUUCCGCACCUUCAAUUACCCGUUGAUCCGUUUGUCACGCCGUCUGCCGACCGUCAAUGGAAAUCUGAUGGUGGACCUCAGGCCGGACCUUCGAAUACGCACGUGCCCCUUAGUGCUCGAGAGCUGCCUCCGCUGCCCGUGGAAGAAGCUCUGCCGAUCCCCCGCUCCCUUCAGGGAGCAGACUGGAAGGUCGACCAGGAGUUUGUCCAACGGCAGCUUGAGGCUCUGAAGCAAGACGUGGGCAACGGCUGGCUGACUACGUUGGGGGAACGCGGUUGGGAACAAGCGUCGCGAGAUCUCGGCGAGCCCGGCAUGAUUGCGACGGAUUCCCUGGCUCGACCGAACACCCAACCGAUCCUCAGCGGUGGUCACGCGCUCGGUUGA